AGAGGCGCUGUUUACAUAGUAAUACACAAGUCCUGGGCCAAAGUCAAACGAGAAAGAACUUGUUUGGAAGGAUGGUGUCAUUCCUUUUCCAGACUGAAAAGCACAGGGGGAGGGUCUAAUAGCUGGAAAGGGGAAGAGAGAAAGAGAAGUUACAGUCAACUCUUACUCAGCCUGGACCAAGAGAAAAAGCAGAACAAAAGGAAGAGGGGGAAGGAAAAGGGAGAUCCACACUGCAGCUGUAUUAACAGGAUAAAUUCACAAAAUGGAGGACUCCAACAGUAGCAAGCCGGUUGUGGUGACGUCCUCUCUGAACUUCAAAGUCACCACCCCGUCCUUCUACAACCAGCCAAAGAAAUUUGCCUCUGUGGCACCACCACGGCCCAAAAGUAUGACACCUCCCUCAGCUCCAUCACCGACACCAGUGGGCACAGGGGUGAUUGGUCGAGUCGGAGAUCUGCCUCCACCGCCCCCUUCGCUCUGUGAUGACUUCCCACCCCCACCUCCUCCUCCACUGGAUGAUGAUUUGCCAGCCCCUCCCCCCGAAUGCCAAACCACACCCACUGCCUCUGACGCCCCCCCUCCCGCCUUCCCUGCUCCACCUCCAGUGGCAGAUGAUCUGCCCAUGCCAGCUCCCCCUGAGGAGAGUGUCUGUUUGCCCACCUUCCCCUCCCCCCCUCCUCCCCCACCACCUCCACCUCUACCUGCAUCCAGUAUCAGUAUUCCCAGUGCUGCUGGGAACCCACAGAAACUGAUGGAGAAACAGACUAGCUUCGACAGACAACUUGACUCUCUAACUGACUUGCUGUCCGAGAUGGAGACCAGGGGACCUUUCAACCCUAAGUUACCAAACCAGUAUUCUGCAGCACCAGCUCCCAAGCCUUCAGCUCCUCCCCCGACUGCUCCUAAGCCUGCGCUCUCCUUCCUCCCUCCCCCUGAGAUGGGAGAUCGCCCGCCUCCAGCACCCUGGGCAGAAGAACUCAAAGCCAGGACAAACCGACAAGCCAAUCACAACAACUCUGCACCAAAUUCUGCUGCUCAGCCGUUUGCUAAGGCACCUGCUGUGGCUCCCAAGUCUGGUUUUGGAGGGAGAACAGCAAUGUCAUCAGUCUCACUGGCACAAAAACUGAACGAGAACCUGAACCAGAACAUGACCCCAGCCAGUGCUGCACCAAAACCCUCACCUCCUUCUGCCACCAGCUCUUUCCCUCCACCUCCAUCUGCUCCCCCUGCACCUCCUACUCCACCAAACAAUAUGGCAGCUCCCCCAGCCUCUAAUCACAUAAAGAGUCCUCCCUUUGCCAGUCAGGUGAAUGCAAACCAAAACCUUCCUGCUGCUGUGCCUCCUCCUCAACCCAAGAUGAUGCCGUCUCCCCAGUCUUCUUAUAACCAACCAACAAAAACUUCCCCUGCAUCAAUGCCUUCACCUCCUGGACCCGUUCCUAUCCCAGGGGGAGGUGUUCCUCUGAAUAUGAGGGAAGUGGAGGAACUGGAGAGACUGACCAAGGACUUCAUCAAAGACAUGGACAAACAGGCACCUGUCAUCACUUCUCCUCCUUCAGAGGUCUGUGGGAAGUGUGGCGAGGCUCUGUCCCGCACCCAGCCCGCAGUGAGAGCCAUGGAUAAACUCUUCCACUCCAACUGCUUUUGUUGCAUGAGCUGCCAUCGCCCCCUGCAGGGCAUGCAGUUUUAUGACAGGGACGGCUCACCUCAGUGUGAGGACUGCUAUAUGAAUUCCCUGGCGGUGUGCUCCCGAUGUGGGGAGAAGAUCACAGAUCGUGUGCUGAAGGCAGUGGGCCAAUGUUUCCAUGCCCACUGUUUCCGUUGCAGCACCUGCUCCUGCAUACUUGAGGGGGCGCCUUUCAUCACUGAUGACAACAACAACCCCUACUGUGUCCAGGAUUACCACAGGCGUUUCUCCCCUCUGUGUGUGAGCUGUAAUGAACCCAUUGUUCCAGCCGCUGGCAGCGAGGAGACAGUCAGAGUGGUGGCUCUUGACAAGAACUUCCACCUUAAGUGUUACCGUUGUGAGGAUUGCGCUCGGCCUCUCUCCAUAGAAGCUGAUGAAAAUGGCUGCUAUCCACUGGAUGGCAGGAUCCUGUGUAUGAAGUGCCACACCCAGCGAGCCAAGCAAGCUGCACAGUGAUUGGCUGAAGCAGCAUCACUCAGAUUAACUAUGAACCAAAUCCAAAAGCACAGGAUUUAUUCAGCUGCCGGUUUUGCCUUUGCAACAGGGCUUUAGUCAGUAUAUGUGCGCAGGUGUGAGCGUGAAUGUGCUGUGUGAAAAGGUAUGUUUGCAUGCAGAUACUGUGUAGUAUUCCCCUCGUCUUGUUCACUUCAGUGCAGAAGUAAUGUACUGCAUUGAAAUAAAUGCCCUCAUCUUUUAUUCCCAAUCUCCAACCCUCAAAUCUCUCACCUAGUCCUCUUUGUAUACUAGAGUGUAUUUUUUGUGCCAAUUCUAUGUUUACGCGAAAAAAUUCCAGCAAACUUGCACAAGAACAGUUUGGUGAAAAGAGCGGUCUGAUGAAUAUAGAGUUGCCUUUCUUUGUCGCUCCUCAGUGAAGUUAGUAGCACCAUGUAGUGAGAUAUUUCACUUUCACUGGCUGGUCUUUUUCCUGUAAGCAUUGUAGCUGUUAUCGAGACAGAUGUUACCAUAGGGGAGAACUUUCAGGGACCACUCUGCAGAUUUCACCACUAUGGCUGUUGGUAGAGCAUAUCUUUAACACUUCAGCAGUUGUUGUGCCUGCAAGCAUAGUUGCUUUUCUGCCUAGAUUGUUCUUCUUAUCAGCCAGUCUACUCUGAUAGCAUUUUACAUUCAUCUAGGGCUAAACGCUGACUGCAAAAAACAAAAAAAAAAAAACAAAACAAAUUAAAACAGUGAAAGUUGCUCUGUUUUUUGUGACAUGAUCAUUUACAAGCAUGCAAUGAAUUAUGUCUUGUUGCUCUCUUGUUUGAUCAUACAUACUGUAUAAGGGCAAGGUUAGAACAAAAAUCAGCCAUUUUCUUCUCAAGCAGAGUUCAGAGCUGAUUUCCAGCAUAUUUUCAGAUGCAUGCUUUUUUGGAUGCACAAAAUUUAAACAUACAAGCACAGAUUCCAUUGCAGGGAUCUCACAAUUUAAAAAACAGUGUAGUUAUAAAUGUCAGCGGCAUGCUGAGAACAGGACCUAUUGUGUGAUCAUUGCACAUUCCUAGUGAAAUAAAAUAUUCUUUUAGUGUCACUUUGACUCUAAAGUCUCUGCACAUGAUCAAUUUAGUUAGUUUUUUUUUAAGUAGAUGCCAUCUAGAAACAUAAUAGUUUAAAAUAUACAUUUUCUUGGAAUCUUUUGCUUUCAAAAAUUGUAAUUUAUGGACCUUUUUUAAAAACUAAAUAUUAAGGUUAUAUGUAUACCAACAUUAAAAUAACCCUGUCCUAAUUACAGGAUAGUAGAUCAGUAGAGGCAUUAGCUUUGAGCUUUAGGUAACAGAUGUUAAAACAUAGUGACCAAAUAUGUCAAAGCUGUAAGAUUUAGGCUGAUAAGUUAGAUGAUUCAUUGUUUUCAAAUUCAUGUGUCUUUUUUUAAAGACCAUUUUUUGGUCUGAAACUGUUCUGUUGUUACCGUAAAUACCACUUUUUUUUCCAUUAUUCAUUCUUUGUACUUAAGUCUGGUCAUGUCUGUUAUAUACCAUUUUAUUCCUACUUUAUUGUACUGUAUUUCAUUGAUUAAUGCUUACACUUAUUUGGAGAUUUGCUCUCUCUACUAUAGUAUUCCAUUGUUUCUUUUGAAUUGAACUGGUUUGCAGCCACAGAAAUUCAUUCCACAUAAAGGAAACAGUUGUUAUCUGUGUUUGCAUUGAGCCUGGUGCACACUUAACACCAGGAUGACUAAUAAGGCAAUAGUUAUUCAGCAUUGCAUGCUAGCUGUGUAGGUGGUGGUAGCAUUUCUUCUAGUAUUAUGUCUUUUGUUUGCACCAGCUACACAACCAUUGUGGCCCUGCAUUUGUCAUGCCUAUGUGAUAUAUGUAUAAUGAUGCCUUCUCAAUUUACCUGCGUUUUGUUGUGUUUUGUCCUAUACAUUCGGAUGCCUUGUCUUUUCAUAUAAGUUUUUUUCAUAAAUUCCUGUUUGAUAUGUGUGAAUGUGUAUAUGUUACAAAAAAAAGUUAUUUAGCCCCACCCCUCCCCCUUUGGCUGUAUUAAGAGAUAAACAAACAAAUAAAUAAAAUUCUAUAAACCAAA